GCAGCCUCCUGCUACAGUAUUUACGUCCUGUUCCAUUGAGGUGGCACUCUGCUCACGUGACCCAAAUGCAGUUCUCACUCCACCAGGAGCACAGCCGGAUCCAAACUGCAUUGGCAGCUUUGCACAUGCUCCGUCUGGCCCUGUGAAUCCUCACUCAUCCAUUGAGAUUUCUUUUGGUUUAAAACAACAUUCCAGCUGCAGAAGCUCCGUGGCCUCCAGUGUUCUCCUGGUCCAGAUCCAAGAGACUUGGAUGCUUUUUGCCCUUCUGAUGGGAAAUGAUGAGACAGGCAAACAUGGAUUUCAGCACUCCUUCUGUAUUUGAUCAGCAAAAAGGUGAUUCAUUGGAGGAAGUUGACCUGGCCAUGGUGUAUCAGGCAGCAUCGAACGGCGAUGUCAACGCUCUGACUUCUGUGAUCCGGGAAGACCCUUCUAUCCUAGAAUGCUGUGACAGUGAAGGAUGUACACCCCUGAUGCAUGCGGUUUCUGGACGUCAAGUGGACACGGUGAAGCUGCUGUUGAAAAUGGGAGCAAAUAUUAACAUGCAAGAUGCUUAUGGACGCACAAGUCUGUGCCUGGCGACCUACGUGGGGUGGCUGGAAGGCUGUGUGAGUCUGCUCAGAAAUGGUGCCAAGCACAAUAUCCCUGACAAAAAUGGCCGUCUGCCACUGCAUGCUGCCACCGCGGAGCCUGAUGUGAGGCUCCUAACAGUCCUGGUGCAGCAGUCAAAUCUCAGCGAAAUUAAUCACCAGGACAAUGAGGGGAUGACACCACUCCACUGGGCUGCUUUCCACAACCAGGCUCAACACACCCAGUUGCUGCUGAAGAAGGGGGCAGACCCUACCCUGGUGGAUAAAGAUUUUAAAACUGCUCUCCACUGGGCAGUCCAGAGUGGGAAUCGGACCCUGUGUUCCAUCAUUCUGAGCCACCACCAGGGCCCGUCCAUAAUCAACUAUGAUGACGAGAGUGGAAGAACAUGUAUGCACAUUGCAGCAGCGGCGGGCUUCAGCGACAUCAUCAGUGAACUGGCCAGAGUCCCAGAGUGUAACCUACAGGCCCUGGAUGUGGAUGACAGGACACCUCUGCACUGGGCUGCAGCUGCAGGGAAAACAGAAUGUGUACAGUCACUGCUGGAACUGGGCAUGGACAGCAAUCUUCGAGACAUCAAUGAGAGCACGCCCCUGGCCUACGCCCUGUACUGUGGCCACACAGCCUGCGUCAAGCUCCUCUCUCAACAGAGCAGAACAGAGCCUACCCGACCUGUUCCUCCCCAGAACAGCAGAAGGUCAGAGGGUCAGAAGAAGGAGGGACGAUUCAGCAUGCUUAACCAAAUCUUCUGCAAAAACAAAAAGGAAGAGCAGAGGGUCUAUCCGAAGGAGCACAGCAGGGACCACCUCAGAGGGGAACACACCUCAGAAGUCGAGGACAUUGUCACCUCCUUUGACAAUAUCGUGGACACCAAUAUCCGAGAACAGCCUGGUGACCAGGUGCUUACAGCAGAUUUUAAGAAAAAGACCUCAGAGAACAUAAAAUAUCUCUUGCCAGACAAGAAGCCUCUGACCCACAAAGGGCUUCCACCCAUCAGAACACAGAGCCUCCCACCCAUCACGCUGGACAACAACUUCCUGACGGCCUCCCAUGGGACCACAUCUCAUGCUAUGCUGAGCUCCGGUCCUCAUCAUACAGCCCAGCCAUCUCAGAAAAGCCGCAGUGAGCAGGAUUUAUUCAGUAACAGAACAGGCUGCCAGGCAUUGCUCAAUAACCCCUGGAGAGGUGAUUCUAACCAGGUGUUCUGCAAAGCCUGGACUGUGUCUUCUGAUAAGCUCUUAGACAGACUGGUUACCAACAGAUCUGUCUACCAGGAGGUCUCAGGGCUGCCACCUAUUUCUCAUCUACAUAAUCCUUCAUCAGGACAAAAUUUUCAGCAUCUCUCCCCAAACAGACCCAAAAUCAGGGAUUUUCCUUUCGCUCGGAACAACUUAGAGCCUCUACCAGACCAAAAAUUUCUAUCCAGGGAACCUCUGAGGACAAACCGAGUGCUUCCUGCUAUUCCCAGUCAACGGGGAAACAGUGCGCCAACUGGGCAGGGUGAGGACUCAACCAGUCCUGCCCAUGAUGAAAACUAACUGUGGGCCACAGACGGCAGAAGUACUGAGUAUUAGAUAUGCCUAUAUUUUUAAACUGGCAAAGGAUAAUAUUACCUGAGUUUGUUAAGAACAAAGACUAAUUUUGUAAAUUGCAUUCUACAAGCCAUUCAUAGUUUCCUAACUCCAUGUUCUUUCUUCCAAAUAAAGAUAUCACCCAAAUUAGCACCUAGGUUCUUUGACUGCACUUCAAAUUUGUAAGUUUGGUGAGUUUCUGUGACCUUUACAUGCCCAAAAUAAGUCAAAAUAUGUUAUAAGCAAGGAAAAGUUAGCUAUGUUUGGUCUGCCUUGUGGCAUGUUUGCCAGUUUGUUUUACUGGGUAUUGCUUUUUUUUUUUUUUAAUGUAUGCUUUGCUGAAUAAAAACAAAAAGAAUACAUUUCAAA